CAAUAACAAUUUCAUCUAUCAAUCUCUCUCAGUCUCUCUCUAUCUUUCUCUCUUGAAAUCUCUUUUACAAUGGCAGACAUUGCGAUUUCCGGUGAACCCAAUUUCUCCGAUCUCGUCCCGACUAAAAAAGGGCGAUCAAGAAAAGCCUUGAAACCCAAAACCCCAUCAUCAAACGAGACCAACAUUUUGCCUGUACCGGUAUCACAGGCUUCUCCGGUGAAGAAGGCGAUGACUGAAUCUACCGGGAAAGAGAACGAGAAGAAGAAGACCAAGAAGAAGGCGGCGAAAGAGGCGAAACCCCAAGAGGGUGAUUUUGAGAAAAUGUUCGAGGAGAUGCAGAAGAAGCUUGAGCAGAUGACGCUUGAGAAAGCGAAGACGGAGGAGAUGUUGAAGGAGAGGGAGGAGGCUUUGAGACGCAAGGAGGAGGAGCUCGAGACGCGGGGGCGAGAGCAGGAGAAGCUUCAGAUUGAGAUUAAGAAGUUGGGGAAAAUGAAGGAAUUUAAGCCCACUGUGAAUUUUCCGCUUGUUCAAGCUCCGAAAGAGAAAGAGCUAGGAAAGAAAGAAAAGAAAAAGGUGUGCCCAGAGAAGAAGAAGCCGUCUCCACCAUAUGCCCUAUGGUUGAAAGAUCAAUGGACUGAGGUUAAGAAAGAAAACCCGGAUGCUGAAUUUAAGGAGAUAUCAACCAUGUUGGCGGCGAAAUGGAAGACGGUGACUGCAGAAGAGAAGAAGCCUUAUGAGGAGAAGUAUCAAGCUGAGAAGGAAGCCUAUUUGAAGAUAGUUGGGGCUGAAAAACGUGAGAAUGAAGCAAUGAAGCUCUUGGAAGAAGAGCAGAAACAGAGGACAGCCAUGGAGUUACUUGAACAAUAUAUGCAGUUCAAGGAGGAAACUGAAAAUGAUAAGAAGAAAAAGACCAAAAAGGAAAAGGAUCCAUUGAAACCGAAGCACCCGGUGUCAGCAUUUUUCUUGUUUAUGAAUGAGCGUCGUGCUGAUUUGGUUGCGGAAAAGAAAAAUGUUUUGGAGGUUGGGAAAAUAACUGGUGAAGAAUGGAAGAACAUGACUGAAAAAGAAAAAGCUCCUUACGAAGAGAUGGCUAAGAAAAAUAAGAAUCAGUAUCUGCAACAAAUGGAGGUUUACAAGAAGAAAAAGGAUGAGGAAGCUGCCAGCCUCCAAAAGGAAGAGGAGGAACUCUCGAAAAUUCAGAAACAGGAGGCCAUGCAAUUGCUUAAAAAGAAAGAGAAAACAGAAAACCUAAUUAAGAAAACGAAAGAAGAACGCCAAAAGAAACAGAAGGGAGAGAAGAAAAUUGUUGAUCCUAACAAACCAAAAAGGCCAGCUUCCUCUUUCUUGCUGUUCAGCAAAGAAGCAAGGAAAACUAUAUCAGAAGAGCGUCCUGGGAUUAACAAUUCCACACUCAAUGCACUCAUAUCUGUGAAAUGGAAGGAAAUAAGCCAUGAAGAAAAGCAGCUUUGGAACGAGAAGGCUGCGGGAGCUAUGGAGGCAUACAAGAAAGAAAUGGAGGAGUACAAUAAAACUACUGCAGCAGAAGAGAGCUCAAGUAGCUGCAGUGGCCCGCAGUGAAGAUUCUAUGUUAGUUUGUUCAAGUUGGUUCAGUUGAACAUCUUAGGGGAGUUUUAGUAGCUUCAUUAUGUUGGUUCCUUUCAUUUUAGUUUUGGUCAAGACCAGUAGUAGCUUCAGUUUACUGUUGCUUUAAAAGAAUCGUUGAGAUUCGGAUGAUAAUCAAUUGAAAUUUAAACCAGCGUUGCUCCUGUUUAUGAUUCAAAA